UUCCCUCUGUCGGAUAUUAUGCAUCUCUGCGGGGACUGAUUUCAUUGGUAGCUCACACAGCAGGCGAUGAACUAUGCUAUCCGGUAAGUGAUAACUGCUCAUUCUACUCCUUAUGAACUUCGGGGAGAGGGUAUAUGGUUUCUCUUGCAGACGAAAUGGGGACUGAGUAUGAACUUCUCUAGUUCGGGUAUUGCCAUCACAGCUAGUUAUGCGAUCCGUCAAUCGUCUCGACUACUUCAGGUUUGUUGAUGGCUUUCUUACCAUCGACUUCACACGAGGCUGACUAUCGAUUUAUUCAGAAUGUCGACAAGGGGGAAGAGCGGGACGAGUUGAUUACCCUGCAGCAGCGUUUAGAAAGCAAGAUACAGGUUAUUUCACCUGCUAUUGACAUGAUCGAACUGAUUGCUGCUCGAGGAAACACAUCUCUAGAGUCCGCGGUUUUCCUUACAAAAUCACUUCGACUGGAUAUCCAAUCACUCGGCCAGAAGCUAGCCACUGCGGCUGAGUCUGAAGAAGUAAACCGAAAAGGCGCAAACUCUGCUCGAAAUCGCUCUAGAAAUAAAGAACUGAUCAGGCGUAUUAUUCAAGACGUUAAAAGUCUUCUGGUCCGAAUUGAGGAUGCAGUCCCUCUCAUGAAUCUUGCUAUCACCACCUCAGGCGCCAAACUAUCAACUAGUCUGCCAGCAGCAAUAUCGCCAUCGCGGUUGCUGCAAGCCAGCACGUUCCUUACGACUGGAGAUACGCAGUACUCCAUGUCCCCUUCAAGCGCCGUUCAAGUCGGUCCGACCUUCACUUUGUCAAUGUACAUGCUCUUUGCAAGCCACCUUCGCCCCCAUGAUGAAGACGGCAUUCGCGAAACUACGUGGAAAGAGGUCAUCCACAAAGCACGCUUAAAGUUGCGACGAGUACCCAUGGGUCUAGCAUUUACUCGCCCAAAUCAAACCCGAUCUCUGCAGCUGCCUGCAGAAGCAAGAGUUGAUGAGUUUGCGUACCAGAUUCUUAUCAUAGAAGACCUAGACGAUGGGAGAGUACAUACGUUCGAUGAAAACGAGCCACAGCCCCGAUCCUAUGAAGGAGUCGAUGUUGCGGGAAUGCGUGAAAUUAUACCUAUCCAUCAGAUCUCGAAGAUCUUCUAUGCAGACACUGGCAAGAUUCUUAACAUCAGCGCCGAAGGAGAAACGAAUAAUCCGGUCCUUUUGUUGAAAAGAGACAUAAACGCUAUACCUCCACGGCGUAUGGUGGAACGCGACACAGACGAGUUUACCCGUGACGAAUCCGAUCUAGACGACGGAGAAGUAGACGAGGUCCAGGCUCAGCUAGACGCCCAGUUGAUCGGAUCCGGGGGCAAUGAAUCCUCAACCCCCAGCUUCCAUGAGAGCUCCAUUCCCGAUGAAUGGCGGUUACCCAAGGACCUCGAUCCAGAAUGGAUCGCCUUUGAGGUCUACAAUGAAGCCGAAGCUUCCGACACAGAGUCUGACGGAGAAGCACCAGAUGCAAAUAGAAUGGCACAGCUCUCGCUAGAUCCGUCCGGCAAUAACUCCGGCAGCCCAGCUCCAUCAGGACAAGGACAGCACCGCCGCAGAGAACCCCGAUCCACAACGACGGUAUCAAACCCUCUCUUUGACAACAUCCGUACCUCCCUUUCCCUCCUCGAGACCCUUCUCCGCUUAAUGUCCCUCCAACAGUUCCAACAACAAUCCCACCUAUCAAUCAGCGACGAACUACUCAACUUCUUCCUCGAGGAAUCCUCGACAACCGGCGCCGGGGGCGACGAACAACACCGCCAGCAACUGCGAUCUGACGCAAGACGCAGAGUUGGCUGGGAUCCUUACGACGAGAGCCCCGUCAAACGCCGCGGAGAAGAUUACCAGUACGGCGGUACGUCAGGGAACGCCUCGCUUGGCCUGGGCUAUUCUCACGAUGGAAGCGAAUCUCAAUCUCAAUCUCAAUCUCCUCAGACCCCCAGCGAGAGGACUACUCGAGGCUAUCAUAUACGGUCACGCGAGAAUACGCCCGAGACGCCCUCGCACUCGCGACACUCCAGCUCGAAGCCGCCCUUGGGUUCAAGACGUAGUAGUGGCAUGCGGAGCACUUCAAACUACGCCCGAUGA